GUUUCCUUUAAUAUCAAGUGGCGACGCAAAACCAUUGCGACAUGCUUCUUCUUCUGAUUCUAAACGCAAAAAAUUGCAAGGAUUAAACGGUGAAGUCUGAAGUGGAAUGGGUAAACAAUCAAGCUCGUGGAUUACAAUGCAAAAGAAGAGAUGGCCACUGAUGAUUCUCGCAUUGUUCACUCUAUCAACUGUAAUGGUGUUUUUCAUGAGAUCUGCCUUCGAUUCCUGUCAUUCUACCCCUAGCAGUACUAAUCACCAUUUUAGAGAAGCAAAUGAAGUUCCAAAAGCUCAAUUUUACUCCGCUUCUCAUACACCCAGUGUUGCUCCGAAUCCUCUUGAUUUCAUGAAGUCGAAACUUGUUCUCCUUGUAUCCCACGAGCUUUCUCUUUCUGGUGGUCCUUUGUUGUUGAUGGAGUUGGCGUUUCUGUUAAGAGGUGUUGGUUCCCAAGUUGUUUGGAUAACUAACCAGAAACCGGUGGAACCUGAUGAGGUGAUCUACAGUUUGGAGCAUAAAAUGUUGGACCGAGGAGUCCAGGUCUUGUCAGCAAAAGGUCAGAGUGCCAUAGAUACAGCUCUUAAGGCUGACCUGGUUGUUUUAAAUACUGCUGUUGCUGGGAAGUGGCUGGAUGCUGUUCUGAAGGAGAAUGUUCAACAAGUUCUACCAAAGGUUCUGUGGUGGAUUCAUGAAAUGCGAGGGCAUUAUUUCAAACUAGAGUAUGUUAAGCACCUCCCUUUUGUUGCAGGUGCAAUGAUUGAUUCGCAUACAACAGCAGAAUACUGGAAAAACAGGACUAGAGAGCGGUUAGGAUGGACCAAACCUCAUAUAUACCUUGUUUUGAUUUGUAGAAUUAGAAUGCCUGAAACUUAUGUUGUGCAUCUUGGAAAUAGCAAAGACCUCAUGCAAGUGGCUGAAGAUACUGUAGCCAAACGUGUUCUGCGUGAGCAUGUUCGGGAAUCUAUUGGAGUGAGAAAUGAUGAUUUACUGUUUGCCAUCAUAAAUAGCGUUUCACGUGGAAAAGGUCAGGAUCUCUUUCUUCGUUCUUUUUAUGAGAGUCUGCAACUGAUCCAAGAGAAGAAGCUGCAGGUGCCAUCAGUGCAUGCAGUAGUUGUUGGAAGUGACAUGAAUGCUCAGACAAAGUUUGAAACAGAGCUGCGUAAAUUUGUUCAGGAGAAAAAGAUCCAAGACCGUGUUCACUUCAUAAACAAAACCCUGACAGUUGCUCCAUAUUUGGCCUCUAUUGAUGUUCUUGUUCAGAAUUCUCAGGCACGGGGAGAGUGCUUUGGGAGGAUAACCAUUGAAGCAAUGGCCUUUCAACUGCCUGUGUUGGGUACUGCAGCUGGAGGAACCAUGGAGAUUGUAGUGAACGGGACAACAGGCUUGUUGCAUCCUGUUGGGAAGGAAGGUGCAACUCCUCUUGCCAAUAACAUAGUGAAAUUAGCAACACAUGUAGAAAGGAGGCUGACAAUGGGAAAGAAAGGAUAUGAGAGGGUGAAAGAGAAUUUCUUGGAACACCAUAUGUCGCAUAGAAUUGCUCUGGUCCUAAAGGAAGUAUUGCAGAAGGCAAAAUCUUAGCUUGAAUUAGCUAGUUAGCACAUUUUAUCCGUUGAUUUCAUGCAUUUUUUAGUUCCUUGUAUUAUAUGUAUUGGCAAAUUGCAUGGAUAUUAAAAAGUUGAGUUUUCUUGUAGUUCUUCAAAAAGAAUUCUGUAAGUAAAGCCAAGAAUUUUAGAUUAA